AUGGCGGACGAAAGCGCGAAGGGCAAUGUUGCAUGUAAUUUAUGCACGAAAGCCAUACAAAAGAUGUAUGAAAGGGUUCUCAUUAAUACAGGGAAAAAAGAAUUUGACGUUGCUGCCGAGAUCCAGUCACUUCCUUUCAGUGUUGUGAUUUACAGCAAAUACGCUUGCAGGGCUUGUGUCCAAAAGUUGAAGAAACGUCGGGCAAUUCUCACAACCUUAAAUGAUAUCGAAGGUUUUUUCAGGAAUUCAGCGUACAAAAGAUCAGCAGAUUUAGCAACUAUCGAAGAUCAAGAACCUACGGCUACAGUAUCAAAGAGGAUUUGUGACGAAGCAACUGAGGUUUCACGUCGAACAUCGUCGCCAAUUCGCUCCAGUACAGGUGACAUUGCAAAUACAAAUAUCAUAACAUGGCCAGUCUCACCAGUUCUGCAGAAGCGUGUUAGUAUUAAUGAAACCAGCAGUGAGAGUUCGGUUACAACGAAAACAGAAGUUCGUGUGAAGGUAUUGUUUUUAAUUUUUUUCUUAAUAUUGUUUAAUUAAAUACUAAAAUACAUGUUAUGUAAAUAAUUCAGGCAUCAGGCUGCAAAGUACUUUAUUAAAUAAUAUAUCUAUCUAUUUAUUAAGGUAAUGUGGCCAUCUAAAAGUGUCGAGAAAAAGCUACCUGAGGAUUUUGACUCCUUGGCAAAGAUGUUGGUAAGAGGAACGUAUAAACAGAUUGCUACUGCUGCUUGGAAAAAUGAAAAAUUGAGGAAAGAAUUCAUUCAGCUAAUGGAAAAGGAAAUCAACAGAGAAUGCACACAACUAUGUUCGAAGAAAAAUCCCAGCAUUUUGAGGAUGACCGUACCAGUAAAGAGAGCAUUUUAA